CAAGGGAAAGAUGGCGGAGCCCGUAGAUGCAGCGGAGUCUCAGGCUUCCGGGGGUCCUCGGCCCCCAGUGUGCUUGUUGGUGUUGGGAAUGGCGGGAUCUGGGAAAACCACCUUUGUACAGAGGCUUACGGGACAUCUGCAUAGCCAAGGCUCGCCACCUUAUGUGAUUAAUCUGGACCCAGCUGUACAUGAAGUGCCCUUUCCUGCCAAUAUUGAUAUUCGUGACACUGUCAAGUAUAAAGAAGUAAUGAAACAGUAUGGACUUGGGCCCAAUGGCGGUAUAGUGACCUCACUCAAUCUCUUUGCUACCAGAUUUGAUCAGGUCAUGAAAUUUAUUGAGAAGGCCCAGAACAUGUCUAAGUAUGUCUUGAUUGACACACCUGGACAGAUUGAGGUGUUUACGUGGUCAGCUUCUGGGACAAUCAUCACUGAGGCCCUGGCAUCUACAUUUCCAACAGUUGUCAUUUAUGUCAUGGACACAUCGAGAAGUACCAACCCAGUGACCUUCAUGUCCAAUAUGCUCUAUGCCUGCAGUAUCUUGUACAAAACCAAGCUGCCUUUCAUUGUGGUUAUGAAUAAAACUGACAUCAUUGAUCACAGCUUUGCAGUGGAAUGGAUGCAAGAUUUUGAGGCUUUCCAAGAUGCCUUGAAUCAGGAGACUACAUAUGUCAGUAACCUCACUCGUUCAAUGAGCCUGGUGUUAGAUGAGUUUUACAGCUCACUUAGGGUGGUGGGCGUGUCUGCUGUUGUGGGUACAGGCUUAGACGAACUCUUCACGCAAGUCACCAGUGCUGCAGAAGAAUAUGAAAGGGAGUAUCGUCCUGAAUACGAGCGUCUGAAGAAAUCACUGGCCAGUGCGCAGAGCCAGCAGCAGGAAGAACAACUGGAACGCCUUCAGAAAGAUAUGGGCUCCGUAGCCUUGGACGCAGGGGCUGCCGCCGACCCCUUAUCUCCUGCGCUUGACCCUUCUGAACUGAUCCUGACUCGGGGAACUUUGGAUGAAGAGGAUGAGGAAGCAGACAGUGAUACCGAUGAUAUUGACCACAGAGUUACAGAGGAAAGCCGCGAAGAACCAGCAUUCCAGAAUUUUAUGCAAGAAUCAAUGGCACAAUACUGGAAGAGAAACAACAAAUAGUUUCUAGAAGCCCAAACUUUUAGAACUCUGUGAAGGAACCGUCCUUACCUCUGAUUGGGGGCUACCAUAAAGGACAAUUUUGUUCAGAGUAGCAGCGAUUCUCUUAUAGGGAAAUUUGACUCAGAUGAAGCCAGGGAUAGGAGACUCUUGGACCUGGCAGAUAGAUGCCAUUCCCCUGGCCUUUCCCUUGGAUUUAUGCAAGGAAGGAUCUGGACUGUUCUUGAAUACUGAUAUCUCUACAGGCCUAAAGCUUCCAGUUUUCUUGUUUGAACUUAAGUACUUUUGCUGCUGAUGGAUGAAACAGAGAGAACUUACGAUUCACUCCAAAUUUCUAUUAGGCUGGAUCUAUACUUUACUCUCCCAGGAUCUUGCCUUUGAUCCUACACCAUGAGUUCCCUUCCUUUUAGCAGAAAGGGAGAGAGAAAACAUGAGCUUGCUCAGAGGGGUAGUGGAAGUCUCCUUGGCAACCAGUCAGUGUUGGGUAUGAAAUGUGCCUCAUGUGGGGUUAGCUCAUUGUAGGACACCACGUUUUGUUGAAGAAAUUGAACAAAACAAGAUUAAUGAGUAAGAAUCUUGCUUUUGAUGGUGACUUGGAUAAAGAGUUUUUAAUUUUAA